AUGUCCACUUUUUAUCCGGGUUCAGAGCUGGCAACAGGACGUGCUGGCAACAGGACGUGCUCGGCUUGGUCAGGUUCAUCAAUCUAACAUCCAAUGGCAGCACAACCUUUGAGAGAGUGGAAAACUGGUCUCUUUGACUGCUUCGAGGACGCGAGUACUUGUUGCUAUGGCUUCUGGUGCUGCCCUUGCCUCGCCUGCACGGUUUCAGGAAGAUUCGGAGAGAACAGUUGCCUCCCAUUAUGCGACUUGUGCAGCCCGGCUAUGUUUGUUCUCUGUGGGAUCCCUCUAUUUGCUCCCCCUGCAUCCGUGACUCUCCGGUCCUCCAUUCGGAGCAGACACGGCAUCAAGGGCUCCAUCUGUGAUGACAUCGCCAUUUCCUGUUUCUGUUUGACCUGCUCCUGGUGUCAGAUGCAUCGUGAGAUAAAAGACAACAACAAGGACCGCGUGGUCAUCAUCAACAAUCAGCCGGCGCCAGUGAUGAUGAUGGCUCAACCCACUAUGAUGAUGGCACAACCCCCUAUGAUGAUGGCUCAACCCCCUAUGGUUGUGAGCCAACAUGGGGUCACCGUGACGUCAUACUGAGAUUUGCAGCUUCUCCAUAACAAUUUCGGAUCUGAAUUUUUAAUUCUGAUCAGAUCCUGCUGCUGAUUGACUUGAGGGUGAAAAGAAUAAUCACAUGGAUAGAUUAAUAACAUAAUAAUAGAGUUGGGCCUCUGUUAUAGUACCUCAUUUCAUUUUUUUAUUGUGUCAAAUACAAAUUGAAGAAAUGUAUCAUUCAAAGUCAAAAGGUGGUUUCAGUUCAAUCUGAAAUGUGGAGGUUAAUCAACCCGAUCUGAUCAAUAGGACGUCAUUUCACAUUUAAAAUAAAAAUAAUUUAAAUUAUUUGUAUUUUAAUCAUUCUUAAUAAACGAUUUUAUUUA